AUGCAGGCCGACAAGAUCCCCGACUUUCUCGCAGAGCAGCGGGAAGAAGCUCUUAGCGAAUCCCAUGAAUCCUUUCUCGCCUUCGAAGAUUUCUGGGAGCGAAAACUAUGGCAUCAGCUCACGAACGCUCUGAUAGAAUUCUUCUGUCUCCCGGAAAGUGCGCCGCAGAGAUUAGCCAUCUUCAAGAACUUUAUCCUCAGCUUUGCAGACAAGAUCAAUCAGCUGAAAUUUGUUACACUGGGGUUGAUGGCAUCAACACAAUGUGAAGACGACAGAGAACGCCUCGCAUUCCUUACGUCGCUUGCUGAUAGGGUGAGCAAACCGGGAUCACAAGAUGCAUAUGUUUACGCCAUGGCGGAUGUGGCCAAUGUGAAGCUGCGAUUAAAGGACUUUGAAGGGGCACGGAAGGAUUUGGAUGCGUCUGAACGCGUUUUGGAUUCUUUUGACUCCGUUGAGACAGUGGUACAUGCUGCAUUCUACAAAGUAAAUGCGGAGUACUAUCACGCCAAACUAGAAUUUGCUUCCUACUAUACAAACGCCUUGCUUUACCUUGCAUGUGUGGACGUCAAAGACCUGACACAAGAGGAUUGCGCCGCCAGAGCAUACGACCUGAGCAUAGCCGCCCUCGUCUCAGACUCCAUCUACAACUUUGGCGAACUCCUUCUUCACCCCGUCCUUGACUCUCUCAAAAACACACAACACGCCUGGCUCCGCGACCUACUCUUCGCAUUUAACCGUGGUGACCUGGCCGCCUACGAUGUCCUCGCAGGGAACGUUAGCAAGAACCAGCUCCUGGAACAACACAAGACUUUCCUAUACCAGAAGAUCUCGCUGGCCGCCCUGACGGAGACUGUGUUCCGCCGACCGCCACAUGACCGCAUAAUGACAUUCAGUGCGAUUUCGGAGGAGACUAAAGUGCAACCUAACGAGAUCGAGCAUCUUAUUAUGAAGGCACUUAGCCUCGGCCUGCUCAAGGGAACCAUCGACCAAGUUGCGCAGAUGGCAAAGAUCAGUUGGGUGCAGCCCAAGGUUCUGGACAUGGGGCAGAUAGAAGGAAUGAGGAAUCGGCUGCGUGAGUGGGAUUCUGGGGUUAAUCAACUGGGUCACUGGAUUGAAGGGGUUGGGAAGGAUGUUUGGGCAGCCUAG